GCUGCCCCCAGGAUGGGCAGCAGGAUCUGGUGCUGGGCUCUGGUCUGGGCCUCUGUGGCCUUGCUCAAGGUGUGGCCAGCAGAGAUCCAGGGCCAGGAAUACCCAGGAUUCACCGGAGAUGGUCAUGAAGCAUAUGACGGUUUGUGGCUUGGGCUCCGGGUUGCCCCCACAUCUUCAUCCACCCAGCAUGUCACCUUCAUCCCACCUGUCACUGUCUUCACUAGCGUGAGCCCCUUAAACGUGGUACACAAUGGAAGAGUGUGCAGCACAUGGGGUGACUUCCACUAUAAGACCUUCGACGGUGAUAUGUUCCACUUCCCUGGCCUCUGUAACUAUGUCUUCUCUUCACACUGUGGGGCCACCUACGAGGACUUCAACAUCCAACUGCGCCGUGGUCUGGAGGGUUCCAGGCCCAUGGUCACCCAUGUGGUCCUCAGGACCCAGGGGCUGGUGAUUGAGCUGUCCAAUGGCUCUGUCCUGGUGGACGGACAGGGGGUGGAGCUACCCUACAGCCGUGCAGGUCUUCUGAUGGAGAAGAGCAGUGGCUAUGUGAAGGUCAGCAUCCGGCUGGUCCUCACCUUCCUGUGGAAUGAAGACAGUGCCCUGCUCGAGCUGGACUCCAAAUAUACCAACCAGACGUGUGGGCUGUGCGGCGACUUCAACGGGCUCCCAGCUGUCAAUGAGUUCUACGCCCACAACUCCAGAUUGACCCCUGUGCAGUUUGGAAACCUGCAGAAGCUGGAUGGUCCUACAGAGCAGUGCCAGGAUACCUUGCCCUCAGCUGUCAACAACUGCACAGAUAGGGAGGACAUCUGUCGCCACGUCCUGCUUGGCCCUGCCUUUGCCGAGUGCCAUGCCCUGGUAGAUGUCAGCAUGUACUUGGAUGCCUGUGUCCAGGACCUGUGCCUCUGCCCCACAUGCCCAUGUGCCACUUUUGCUGAAUAUUCCCGCCAGUGUGCCCAUGCAGGGGGCCAUCCACAGAACUGGAGGAGUUCUGAUCUGUGCAACCGGACAUGCCCUUUUAACAUGGAACACCAGGAGUGCAGCUCGCCCUGUGUGGAUACCUGCUCCAACCCCCAACGCUCCCAGCUCUGCGAGGACCACUGCAUGGAUGGCUGCUUCUGUCCCCCAGGCACUGUGCUGGAUGACAUCAGACACUUGGGCUGUGUGCCCCUGCAGCAGUGCCACUGUACCCAUGGUGGUCACACGUAUGCCCCUGGAGAGUCCUUCAACACCAGCUGCAGCUCCUGCACCUGCUUCGGGGGAUUGUGGCAGUGCCAGGACUUGCUGUGCCCCGCCACCUGCUCUGUGCAAGGCGGGUCCCACAUCUUCACCUAUGACGAGAAAUUCUACAAUGUGCAUGGGGACUGCAGCUACAUCCUGUCCAAGAAAUGUGCAGAUAGCAGCUUCACUGUGCUGGUCGAUCUGCGGAAGUGUGGCGUGACGGAUACUGAGAACUGCCUCAAAGCAGUCACACUCAACCUCAACAGUGGGGACAUGGUCGUCCGGAUCCAGGCCAAUGGUGCCGUGUUCCUGAAUUCCAUCUUUACUCAGCUGCCCCUAUCAGCAGCCAAUGUCACCAUCUUUAGUCCAUCGUCCUUCUUCAUCAUGGUGCACACAGGCAUGGGGCUACAGCUGCAAGUGCAGCUGGUGCCCAUCAUGCAGGUGUUUGUCAGCCUGGACCCCUCCUACCAUGGCCAGAUGUGUGGCCUGUGUGGGAACUACAACCAGAACCAGGCCGAUGACUUCACAGCCCUCAGUGGGGUGGUGGAGGGCACAGGAGCUGCCUUCUCCAAUACCUGGAAGACUCAAGUCUCCUGCCCCAACGCCAAGAACAUCUUUGAGGACCCCUGCUCGUACAGCGUGGAGGCUGAGAACUACGCCCAGGAGUGGUGCUCCAUGCUCACUAAAAGCUCAGGCGUCUUCUCAGCCUGCCAUGCCACCGUCAGCCCAGCGCCCUUUUACUCGAACUGCAUAUUUGACACGUGUAACUGUGAGAAGAGCGAGGACUGCAUGUGCGCAGCCCUGUCCUCCUACGUGCAUGCCUGUGCCGCCAAAGGCGUGCUGCUCAGUGGCUGGAGGGACGGCGUCUGCACCAAGUACAUGAACAACUGUCCCCAAACCAAGAGCUACUCCUAUGCUGUGAGUACUUGUGAGCCUACCUGCCGCUCUCUGAGUGAGGCUGACGUCACCUGUGGCAUCUCCUUUGUGCCCGUGGAUGGCUGCACCUGUCCUGAAGGCACCUUCCUGGAUGACAAGGGUCACUGUGUGCCUGAUGAGGAGUGCCCCUGUUUCUUCCAUGGAACUGUGGUGGCUCCUAGAGAGUUUGUUACGGACAAUGGUGUGGUGUGCUCGUGUGAAAAUGGGAAGCUGACCUGUCUUGGAGCCCUGAUGCAGAGGAGCACAGAGUGCCAGGCGCCUAUGGUAUAUCUAGACUGUAACAAUGCCUCAGUGGGUGACCAAGGGGCUGAAUGCCUCAGAAGCUGCCACACACUGGAUGUGGACUGUUUCAGCACACACUGUGUCUCGGGCUGUGUGUGUCCCUCAGGGCUGGUAGCAGAUGGGAAUGGAGGCUGCAUUGCUGAGGAAGACUGCCCCUGCGUACACAAUGAGGCCACCUACAGACCUGGGGAGAUCAUCCGGGUAGACUGCAAUAACUGUACCUGCAGGAACCGCCGGUGGGAGUGUACGGAGCAGCCCUGUAUGGGUGCAUGUGUGGCCUAUGGGGAUGGCCAUUUUGUCACCUUUGAUGGUGAGCGCUACAUCUUUGAAGGCAGCUGCGAGUAUACCUUAGCUCAGGACUACUGCAGAGGCAACACCAGUACUGAUGGGACCUUCCGUAUUGUCACUGAGAAUGUCCCUUGUGGGACCACAGGAACCACCUGCUCCAAGGCCAUCAAGAUCUUUGUGGAGAGUUAUGAGCUGAUUCUUCAUGAGGGGAACUUCAAAGUGGUGGAGAGAGGGUCAAGUGGGGAGCUUCCAUACAAGAUCAGAUACAUGGGUAUCUUCCUGGUCAUUGAGAUCCGCAGUGGGAUAGUCGUGUCCUGGGACAGGAAGACCAGUGUGUUUGUCCGUCUGCAGCAGCAUUACAAGGGAAGGGUCUGUGGCCUGUGUGGGAACUUCGAUGACAAUGCCAUCAAUGACUUCACCACACGCAGCCAGUCUGUGGUGGGUGAUGUGCUGGAGUUUGGAAACAGCUGGAAGUUCUCUCCAUCUUGCCCAGAUGCACCAGUUCCCAAGGACCCCUGCACUGCCAACCCUUACCGCAAGUCCUGGGCCCAGAAGAAGUGCAGCAUCAUUAACAGUGCGACCUUUGCUGCCUGCCACUCCCAGGUUGACUCUACCAAGUACUAUGAAGCCUGUGUGCAUGAUGUGUGUGCCUGCGACUCAGGGGGUGAUUGUGAGUGUUUCUGCACUGCUGUGGCUGCCUAUGCCCAGGCCUGCCGUGAUAUGGGUGUGUGCUUGUCCUGGAGAACACCAGACAUCUGCCCUCUUUUCUGUGACUACUACAACCCUCACGGGGAAUGUGAGUGGCAUUACCAGCCCUGUGGAGCCCCCUGUCUGAAGACCUGUCGAAACCCUGCUGGACACUGCCUUGUUGAACUGCCAGGCUUGGAAGGCUGCUACCCACAAUGCCCACCCAGCCAUCCCUUCUUCAAUGAGGACCAGAUGAAGUGUGUGGACCAGUGUGGAUGCUAUGAUGAUGAUGGAAACUACUACAACAUUGGCACAGAGGUUCCUACAGCUGAGAACUGCCAGAGUUGUCUCUGCACCCCUGGUGGCCUCAGCUGUGUUCACAACCUUACAGCCUGCACAUGCACCUAUGAGGGCCGUACCUACCACUUCAAUGAUGUUGUCUACAACACCACGGACGGCCUUGGUGCAUGCUUAGUGGCCAUCUGCAAAGACAAUGGGACUAUAAUACGCACAGCUGAAGAGUGCCCUGAAGUCUUGUCUACCACACCAUUCACAUUCACCAGUACCUUGGCACCCAGUGCCACAACAGGCUCAGCUUCCACUGUGUCCACUGUGUCCCCUGUGUCCACUGUGUGUGUCCGGGAGGUCUGCCACUGGUCCAGUUGGUAUGAUCAGAGCUAUCCACAGCCUGGCAUGGCAGGUGGGGACUUUGAAACAUUUGAGGACCUGAGGCGCAAAGGGUAUCAGGUGUGUCAAACCCCUGCUGCCAUUGAGUGCCGUGCAAAGAAUUUCCCCAGCACGGACUUACAGGAGCUGGGUCAGAAGGUGGACUGUGACCCUUCCUGGGGGCUGAAAUGCCUCAACAGUGAGCAGAACCCCCCACUCUGCUACAACUAUGAGCUGAGGGUUCUGUGUUGUGAAUAUGUACCCUGUAGUUCCCCCAUGCCCUCAGGCGGAAGUACCACUCACUCCCAGCCUGAGACCGGUACUCAGACAACAUUCACAGUAUCUAAGCCCACACCCUCCAGGACCACAAAAAGGAAAGAGACAUCCCUGGAUACAACUCACAACUCAAGGAAAACAGUGGCAGUCACCUCAAAAGGAAGAACAGCUUCACAAUCCACUGUGUCGAGACACUCAGUCAGCAGCCUCCCCAUGACCAGCCCUACGUGGACUACAAUAGUGAAAGAGACCACCUUGCACACAACGCUUAGUUCCCAGCCAACAUCAGUAUUCACCUCACAGACAGGGUCCACUUCAACAGCCAGUGUGGUCACACAGUCAGUCAGCAGUCCCGUCACCUCCACCACCUGCCAACCCCGAUGCGAGUGGACAAAGUGGUUCGAUACAGACUACCCCAAGUCUGACAAAGAGGGAGGGGACAUUGAGACAUAUGACAGGAUCAGAGCUGCUGGGGCAGAUAUCUGUGAACAGCCUCAGGACAUCCAGUGUGUGGCCCAGAACUACCCCGAUAUCAGCCUGGACCUGUUGAAUCAGGAAGUGAAGUGUGAUGUCAACUUUGGUCUGAUGUGUCACAACAGGGACCAGCAACACAAAUUUGGGAUGUGCUUCAACUACAUGAUCCGUGUGCUGUGCUGCAGUGACAGCCACUGCCAGGGACCUGCCACCACUGCAGGGUCUCCCCCUACACCAGGCACUGCCACCACUGCCACUCAGACCCUGUCCUCCAAGCCUAUGAUCCGUGUGCUGUGCUGCAGUGUCAGCCACUGCCAGGGACCUGCCACCACUGCAGGGUCUCCCCCUACACCAGGCACUGCCACCACUGCUACUUCCAGGUCACUCACACAUACUUCCUGGCCUGUGUCCAACAUGCCCACCAGCACCAGCACCACAGAGUCUAUUUCUUCCCCCAGAAAAACCACUGGCCUCACCAUGGCUUCUUCCACAGCCACACCCAGGGAGGCCCAAACCUCGUCACGGCUAACCACUGGUCCCUCCUCAGCCCUUACAACCAGGAGGACCUCUUCUACAGGCUGUACGUUUCAAUGCACCUGGACAGAUUGGCUGGACAGUGACAAACCCCAACCUGGUCCCUUUGGGGGAGACAUUGAGACCUACUAUCAUAUUAGAAACAAGACAGGUAUCCAGAUAUGCGAGAAACCUGUGGACAUUGAAUGUGAAGCCGUCCUCUUCCCCAACAUGUCCUUCCAGCAGCUGGGCCAGGAGGUCGUUUGUAAUGUGGACUUUGGACUCAUCUGCAGGAACAGCAAACAGGCCAAAAACCAAACCUGUUUCAACUACCAUAUCCGUGUGCUCUGCUGUGAGGAAGACAUUAGCUGUUUCAGCACAACUGGCUCACUCUCUACCACCUCCAGCCAAGUCAGCAAGUCAUACUCCUCUACCUCCCUGACCUCACCUGGACCAUCCUAUUCUCCUGGAAGCACCACCAUGAGCUCAGCCACAGCUGCCUCCACCACCAAAGCUACCACCUCCUUAAAGACUGAAAAAAGCAUGAUGACCAACAUUAUCCACACAGGAUCUGCACCUUCCACACACCCAGUCAGCAGUCCCGUCACCUCCACCACCUGCCAGCCCCGAUGCCAGUGGACAAAGUGGUUCGAUACAGACUACCCCACUUCUGACAGAGAGGGAGGGGACAUUGAGACAUAUGACAGGAUCAGAGCCACUGGGGCAGAUAUCUGUGAACAGCCUCAGGACAUCCAGUGUGUGGCCCAGAACUAUGUCAGCCACUGCCAGGGACCUGCCACCACUGCAGGGUCUCCCCCUACACCAGGCACUGCCACCACUGCCACUCAGACCCUGUCCUCCAUUCCUCAGCCCAACACUACUCUGACUGUAACCAGGACUCACUCAGCUCCCACCACAGUCCCUCUUGUUACAUCCUCUGGCAGUAGUUCCCCACAUGUUUCUAAUGUCAAGGAAACUAGCAUCCCAGGAAAGACCUCUAUCCAUACAACAGUCAACAUCCUGCCUACAACAUUACAGUCUUCGACUCCUGCCUUGACAACAAAACAAACUUCCUCAACUGAAAUCUGGACAACAAUACUUACUGGUACAGCUGGUACUGUCUCCUCAAAACCCCCACCCACGAGCCUGGGGUUGACUACAGGCAUAAAAGAACUGUCUACCAGUCCACCAAGGACACAGACACUACCAGUCACUGCGACUAAUGCCACCACCAGCCAGGGCACAACCCACUGCCAGCCCAAGUGUAAGUGGACUGAAUGGUUUGAUGUGGACUCACCAACCUCAGGAGAAGUAAGAGGGGACAUGGAGACCUAUGAAAACAUCAGAGCUUCUGGUAAGAAGAUAUGCCAGACACCAGAGAAGAUUGAGUGUCAGGCAGAGAACUACCCUGCAGUGAGCAUUGAUAAGAUUGGCCAAGUAGUAAGCUGCAGCCUGGAGACAGGACUGGUCUGUAGAAAUGAGGACCAGACAGAUGAUUUCAAAAUGUGCUUCAACUAUAAUAUACGUGUGCUUUGCUGUGAUGAUUAUAGUGACUGCCCUACCACAACUGCUGUACCACCUACAUCCACCAUGAACAGCCCUAAAGUCAGCAGUGAGGUCUCCACCAUGGCCACCAGUUCAUCAGCAACACAAGGACACUCCACCAAAGCUACCACCUCCUUGAAGACUGAACAAAGCAUAAUGACGAAUACUAUCCACACAGAAUCUGCACCUUCCACACAGUCAGUCAGCAGCCCCGGGACCUCCACCACCUGCCAACCCCGAUGCCAGUGGACAAAGUGGUUCGAUACAGACUACCCCACUUCUGACAGAGAAGGAGGGGACAUUGAGACAUAUGACAGGAUCAGAGCCACUGGGGCAGAUAUCUGUGAACAGCCUCAGGACAUCCAGUGUGUGGCCCAGAACUACGGUCUGGUGUGUCACAACAGGGACCAGCAACAGGAAUUUGGGAUGUGCUUCAACUACAUGAUCCGUGUGCUGUGCUGCAGUGACAGCCACUGCCCUACGACCCCUUCCAGCACCACAAAGUCAACUCUGCCCUGGUCUACUCACACUUCCCUGGUCCCUUUCCCAAUCACAUCAAGCACUGAGUCCACUUUUCAGACCAAGCAUCCCUUCAGCUCCCCGGUACCAAGUACUCAAGCAUCCACAUGGACCACAUAUCCUGCCUCAGGAUGUGUACCUCAGUGCACGUGGACAGAAUGGUUUGAUGCAGACUUCCCUAACCCUGGCCCCAGAGGCGGGGACUUUGAGGUCUAUGCAGUGUUACGUGAAGUUGGCUUUGUCUUCUGUGAGCAUCCUAAGGACAUCCAGUGCCGCUCUGAAAAUGAGCCAGAAAGGCCCCUGGAAACUCUAGAGCAGGUGGUCCAGUGUGAUGUGCGAUUUGGGCUGAUAUGCAAGAAUAUCAACCAAGCGGGACCUUUGCAAUACUGUGACAACUACCAUGUGCGCUUCCUCUGCUGUGACAAUGUCAGCCACUGUACCACCUCACCUAUGGCCACCCUCUCCACCGCUCCUUCUUCCUCUCCCCUGCUGUCCACUCACGCUUCCCCAGCCUCGAAUACUAUGACUUCUUCACCUGUGGUCACUAGCUCUACUCACACCUCUCCAGUUUUGACCACCGGGACUUCAUCUGUAGCCACGGGCCCCACUGCGGCCCCCUCCACUGCUUCCGAGACCACUCACCCCCCUGAAGUUUCCCCCAGCAGCCAGGUGACCUUCAGCCUGUCUACUGCUUCUCCCUUGGGCCCUAGCACCCUCAGGCCUACUGUCCUUUCCAGCCGACCAUUUUCCCCGUCACCCUGUUUCUGCCAGGCAUUUGGACAGCUGUUCUUACCCGGAGAGGUCAUUUACAAUAAGACUGACGGAGCUGGCUGCCAACUGUAUGCCACCUGCAACCAGCACUGUGAUGUUGACCGCUUCCAGGGUGCCUGCCCCUCCUCUCCACCUCCAGGGCCCUCUACCUCUGCAUCUUCGCCUCCCCCACUCCCUGGCUGUGACAAUGCCACUCCUCCCCGGCAGGUGAAUGAGUCCUGGACCCUGGAGAACUGCACAGUGGCCAGGUGCCAGGGAAAUAACCAAAUCAUCCUCCUAGAGCCGGAGCCCGUGGACAAUGUCACCUGUGCCAACAAGCACUCGCCCAUCCAAGUGUGGGACCAGGAGCCUUGCCAUUUCCACUAUGAGUGUGAAUGCUUCUGCAGUGGAUGGGGGCGCUCACACUACCUGACAUUCGACGGCACCUCCUAUACUUUCCUGGACAACUGUACCUCGGUGCUCAUGAGAGAGAUUCUCCCUCGCCAUGGCAACCUCAGCAUCCUUGCUCACAGCUACUACUGUGGGGCUACCACCAAUGUCACCUUCUGUCCCCGAGCCCUCAGUGUGUACUACAACUCCAUGGAGAUUGUCCUCACCACCACCACCACCGCCAGUGGGAAGGAGGAGGGCCUGAUCAUAUGGGACCAAAUGUGGAUAAGCUCAGGUUUCAGUAAGAAUGGUGUGACAGUGUCCUUGAGCGGCAUCACCACGAUGAGUGUCAACAUUUCCACCAUUGGCACCAGCAUCACCUUUGAUGGGCACAUCUUCCAGAUAUGGUUACCCUACAGACACUUCAGCAACAAUACCGAGGGCCAGUGUGGUACCUGCACAAACAGCCAGGCAGAUGACUGCCGCCGGCCAGAUGGCACCACAGCUUCCAACUGCCAGGACAUGGCCAAAGACUGGCUGGUGCCGGGGAACAGCAGCAAUGGCUGCUUAGCUCAGCCUAGCCCUUCCCCAAGCACCACUCCCCAGCCCUCAGUGUCCAGUCCACCCACCUCUACCCCAUGCCCCACUGUACCCCUCUGUGAGCUGAUGCUGAGCCUGGUCUUCGCCGAGUGCCACACGCUCAUCCCUCCAGACACCUUCUUCAGUUCCUGUGUCAAUGACUACUGCAAUACCAAUGUUACUGACAUGCCCUGUCAAAGCCUGGAGGCCUAUGCCACACUCUGCCGGGCCCGGGGUGUGUGCACCAACUGGCGUGAUGCCACUGGAGGGCUUUGUGACCUUCCCUGUCCACCCACUAAGGAAUACAGGCCGUGUGGACCUCUGUACCCAGCAUCCUGCAGCUCUAGAACCCUGAACAUUUCAACUGAGAUGCUGGCAGAGGGCUGCUUCUGCCCUGAGAAUCAGCUCCUCUUCAACUCACGCAUGGACAUCUGUGUGCUGGAGUGUCCCUGCGUGGGACCUGAUGGGCUACCCAAGUUUCCGGGAGAACACUGGAUCAGCAACUGCCAGUCUUGCGUGUGUGACCCCAGCUCUGUGUCAGUGCAGUGUGAGCCGGUGCAGUGUGAGAGCCAGGAGCCCCCACAGUGCACAGAAGCCGGCCUCGUGACCAUGACCAGGUCCAAACCUGACAACCCAUGCUGCCCCGAGACAGUCUGUGUCUGCAAUACAACCACCUGCCCCAAGAGUCAGCCCAAGUGUGAGCCAGGGCACGAGCUGAUCCACACCUAUGAGGAGGGCCGCUGCUGCCCCAGCUUCAUCUGUCGACCUAUGAUGUGCACAUACAAUGACACCCUCUAUGGGGUUGGGGCAAACUUCUCAGGGAACGAUCCCUGCCAAACAUGCACCUGCUUCUCUAUGGGCCAUCAAGAACCCAAAGUAGAGUGUAGAGAGAUCCUUUGUACCACCUCCUGCCCCCAGGGCUUCAAGUACAUGCUGAAGCCAAAGCAGUGCUGUGGGGAGUGUGUACAGAAUGCCUGCUUCACGCCAGAUGGCCAGGCAAUGCAGCCCAAUGAAACCUGGGUGAAUAGUCAUGAGGACAACUGCACUGUGUACCACUGUACGGAUGAGAAUGGAAUCCAUCUACUGACUCCAAUGCCCCCAGACUGCCCUGAUGUGUCCAACUGUACGGGAACCCUAAGGAAAACAGGUUGCUGUUAUUCCUGUGAACAAAACGACUCAAGUACAUGUCAAGUGCACAUAAACACAGCCAUCCUGCGGUAUAAGGGCUGUGAAACAGAUGUGGCAGUCAACAUCCCCUUCUGCAAGGGCUCCUGCUCUGCAAUGUCCAAGUACUCCAUGGAGGCUCAGGCCAUGGAGCAUCAGUGCACCUGCUGCCAGGAGAGCAAGGUUCAUGAUGUAGCAGUGACCAUGCAGUGUCCCAACGGUACAGUCAUCCAGCACACCUAUAGCCACAUUGAUGAGUGCAGCUGUGCCCUGGCCUGCAGCUUCCUGCCCAUGACCUCCAUGAACACUCCCUAGAGCCCAGUGCUGGAAGGCAAUUGCAUCCCCCAACCCCUCAUGUCCCGCCACCUGGAGCAGAGCCUGUAUGACUGACCAUGAAAACCUUAGGCAGGCCUGCUCCAUGUGGCCCACAAGAACCCUCUGUGGCUCCCACUGCCCUGCUCCACCCUCUGCCUGCCACUUGGUGAAACCAGUAUCAUGGAGGGUAAUGAAGGGACAACUAACAUCCCCUUGAAGAGGGUGCCAGGCAAGGAUUUGGUCCUUGAAGGACCCUCUUGGCUGUCUUGGCCUCAUCCUCUGUGAUGACAUAUAAAUGUCUUGGAGCAAAACAGAGAGCCUAUGACUAUAAGGCUCCCCACAGCAAGCCUGUAUGCCCUUCAACACAUAAAGAAGUCCUCUGCCAGUCAUCUCAAGAGCACAAAGGCAGAUGGGAUUGUCCAAGCAAGACAAGCUACCAGGGAGCUGUCAGGCAAGGUGGCUGCCUGCUGGAGGGGCCCUGGGAUCUGGGGUUGGAGAGGGGCCUGUGCUCACCCAGCCCGAA